UUUCCUUGGAGCCAAGUGGCCACAAGCUGCCACCGAAGGGACCAGGGAGUGCACAGCAGAACUGAGUAGCUAGAACUAGGGGGUCAAGGGUUUUUGUAGCAUUAUGCCGUUGAGGAGAAAAAUACGACCAAUUUCUGCUUCAGGGAAGUUAGAAACAUCCACACUGAGCAGCCUUCUGAAUGAUCUGAGAGAGGCGGCAGCAACAACAGACCCUUUGUUUCGUCGGGCUCAGACUUCAUUAGGAGCCCACAGGCUGCAAGCCACAUCUCCAGUUUCAGAAGGUCAGAAGGAGGUUCCCCAGCUUCCAGAAUGGCUGAUGAAAGAGAUGUUGAAAGGACAACAGAGGAGUCAUUCCAUCGGACUCAUGGAAAACAUAUCGGAGAGUGGAAGUUUUCGUCAUCGUGUUGAUUCCUCCAGAAGUCAAUGGAAAAGAAAGAUCGAGGAACAGGUAACUCUUGAACAGCUUCAGAAGAUACACGCAGCUUUUCAGGAAUUAGAAAUUAAUCGAUAUAAAUCUUUGGAUCUGGAAAACUUCAAGCACAUAUUCAAGAAAUGCAUGGGAUCACAGAAUGUAAAUGAUGAACAAUUAGAAGAACUUUUCAUGAAAAUUGACUAUUCUGCAACUGGCAGAAUUAAGUGGCAUGAUUUCUGCACCUACAUGCAUCUGGAAUAUGCUGAACAGGACAGAUUCUCCAGUCGUCUGAAAAGAGUUGACUUCUCACUUCCAGCGGAAAUAAAGGAGAUCCCACAUGGAGAACCUGUCCUACACAUUUGCUCACUGUCAGACAGCACACUCAUAACAGCCAGAGAAGAUGGAAAUAUUUCCUUCUGGUCACCAGAGCUCAAGCUAAAACGAAGCAAGAUGGUUUUCGAUAACACUCACAAAAGAUCGAAAUGGCUUAUGGAUUUCACUGUUAUGAUUCCGUACAAUAAAUUAAUACUGGCAACUGGGGAUCGUGAACUUCAGCUGUAUGAAAGCUCCAACUUUGAGCCCUACCUUCAGAUCAGCAACUUGGAGGCAAUACCUUUGAAUGUGGAUUACUGCUACACAGGUCAUGAUGAAUGUCUAAUCCUUUAUGGAGAUGACCAGCUGAAUUACUAUGAUUCUUUGAAAGCAGUGAUUUCUUCUUCAAGCCAUGAACCCACAGCACUAGUAAUAGGCUGUGUUGUGGGUGCCACCAAUGUGGAGGAACAGAUGAAAGAAGUCAGAGAGCCCCAGAAAGAUUCCAAAACCAGGAAAGUGCAGGCAAUUCUAGGAGCCCCUUCCCAUAGAGCUGAAGGAGGCCAGACUGUUUUUCGAAUUCACAAAGGAGUGAAAACAUUUGCAUUCAGUAAAAAGAACAACCUCAUAGUAACUGGUGGGAUGGAUCGAAUUGUUCGGAUGUGGAAUCCAUAUAUGCCAGGAAGGCCAACUGGCAUGCUCAGAAGCCACAUGGCUCCCAUUGUCUACGUCUGCGUCUCUGAAGAGGAUAAAAUAUUUUCCGUGUCGACAGACAAUACAGUUAAGAUAUGGGACGUUGAAGACCAGACUUGCUUAUUCACAGCAUGUUCAAAAAACAACGGAAUAAACGGAGAGAUUACUGCUUGUCAUUACAUUCCAGGCACUAGGUCACUCUGUGUGGCUACAGAUAAACUGGCUGUCCUCCAUCUAAGAUCACGAUUGCCGCUUGACCCUUGUUUGGCCAUUUCUCACAAGAAACCAGUAUUGUGUUGUAAGUUCAACAAAGUGUUCCGGCAUGUUGUGAGUGGUUCAGAGGAUUCUGUGGUCAAGGUGUGGGAUCUCGAUAGUGGGAAGCUCUUGUUUGAAUUUAGCAAUGCACAUGAUAGUUCUGCAAUCACUUGCCUCACCUUUGAUCCAAGUGGAAGGAGACUGGUUACAGGUGGAAGAGAUGGUUGUCUGAAAAUAUGGAAUUACAACAAUGGACAAUGUUUGAAGAGUUUGAAAAGGGAAGGCAAAUGCAAUGAAAUCUGUGAUUGUGUCUAUGUGGAGGUGAAUAGAAACAACUAUAUCAUAGCUGUUGGAUGGGACCGAAGGAUAAACCUGUUUUAUGAUUCCACAGAUAGUCUCCAACACUUUCAGAAGCCUCAACCCCACUGGCAAGAUGAUCUAAAUCGAGGACACAAGGAAGAUAUUCUGUGUAUUGCACAGUGCCCACCCACCUUCCUUGCCACCUCCAGUUAUGAUGGUGAAAUUAUUGUUUGGAAUAUGAUGUCAGGACGCAUAUGCCACAGAUUCUGCACACCAGUUGCUACUGAGCCUGUUGACACCAAAAAUGGAAGUGUCACUCGAGUAAUCUUUCUUAAGACCCGUGCUAUGAAAUUUGAAUCGGCCUCUGCCUCUCUUGUUUCCAAUGGGCCACAAGGUUAUCUUCAUUUCUGGAGUUUGUUUGGUGGAGAUCCACUUGUGGCAAGUUUUUCACCUACUAAAGAGAAAGCUUUGAUCAGCAGCAUUGCUGUGACUGCAGAUAAUUCAUACCUGUAUGCCGCCGAUGAGGAUGGAUAUGUGUAUAUUCAUGACAUUCAAGAUUAUGCUCUUGAGAAUCCAAAGGAAACAGUACCAAAAUAUGUAAAUCAUUGGAGAGCUCAUGUAAAUCUGGUUCUCUCAUUAGAGGUUAUAGACGAAGACAACAUCUUGUUAUCCAGUUCCAUUGAUCGUACUAUUCGCCUGUGGAGCCUGAAUGGAGAAUACAUUGGAACCUUUGGCCAAGCAGAACCUUGGGAGAUCUUUACACCAGCCUCCUGGAAGCAUCCCAGAGUUCCUUAUGAAAUCCUGAUAGAUCCACAAAGUAUGCCCACCCACCCCAUGCUGGAAGAUAUGUCUUCUGACACACAGAUCACAGACCCAGAUAAAAAAACAAAGGAUGUUUCUGCCCCCAAGGAAGCAAGGCAUAAUCUCAAGGCCUUCCAAGUAAUGGUUUCUGAUGAAGACAUUAAAAAAGAAAUCAACAAGCAGUUGAACACAAAAACGGCAAGCAGAAGGUUGACAUACGAGCGAUCCAAGCUUUUAAACAGGAAGAUUCACCACGGCGGGCUGAGUACAUAUCACGCCAUCAACUAUUAUGAAAUUGAGAGUUUCACAGGUAACUGCAAAAAGCCCGAUUUAUCUGUUCUUGGCACAGACAUUUUCAGCAGCAGUUCUCAAGGAGAAGCAGAACAGUAAGAUAGUGAGAAAACCAUUAGCCACAUCUCAAGAAAAAAGAAAAGGAGGUCCGUUUGAAAGUCCUGGCAUGUGCAGAAUCAACGCCAAAAUGAUGUUGAAUAUCUAGAAAUAAGAUAGGGAUCCACUUCUGAAUGGAAAAGUGGUACUUUUGAUGUUAAGUAAUGCAGGGUCUACAUGUGACCUCUUUGAAAAGUUGUCUUUUAUGCAGUUCAUCCCUUUUUGAGCUAGAAAAUGAGUAGUCAGUGUGUCCGUAUUGGUUUUGGGAGUUGAAAAGAAAUCUGGGGUGAAGGGACUUACUUUUCUCACACCCCUUAUAAAGCAGUAAUGUUCUUAUUUAUUGUAAGUCAAACACCCUUCCAGAGCUACAUGAUCUUUACAGAUUUGUAUGUUUGAGCAGGAAAUGAGAUCAGCAUAAUUUAGGACUGAAGUGGAAAAACAGCAUUUUGUUUGGAAAUAAUGAGUUGUAGUUUGGCAUUUGGGCAGCUACAGGUUCUUGACUUCCUAUUCAACUUGAAUGGAAAUACCUUUGCAACAUGCUUCUUCGCAUCUCCAAGGUUCUGCUCCAAAGAUUCUUGACAUCAGAUGUCCUAUGCCAAUGGGAGGAAAGGGCAUUUCCUCCUGUGUGUGUUGUUUCUGACUUAUGAUGACCCUAUCCCAGGGUUUCCCUGACAAGAUUUGUUCAGAGGCAGGGCCAGCCCUAAGUAAUUUUAAAGUGUAAGCGAACAGAAUUUUGGUGCCCCUCCCAAACCAAUCACUGAAAAAUAAAAGCGUUGGAUAAGUGGAAAUGUUGGAUAAUAAGGAGGGAUUAAGGAAAAGCCUAUUAAACAUCAAAUUAGGUUAUGAUUUUACAAAUUAAGCACCAAAACAUCAUGUUAUACAACAAAUUUUACAGAAAAGGUAAGCUAUUUAUUGUGAUUUGUAUUGGUUGCUGAUGUCAAUUGAUUAUUUUUAUGUUUUUACCUUUUUAAUUAUAUUGUUUAUUUGUUAUAUGUUUUUAAUUAUGUAGCUUUGUAAUCCUUCUUUAUGCUUUGCUUGAUCCCCUUGUAAGCUGCCCUAAGUCCCUUCGGGGAGAUGGUUGUUAUUAUUUUUACAUUAUUUUUAAGCAAGAUAGUGUUCACCAUGCUAUUGUGGCAUUUAUAUUGAUUGUCCUAUAAAUGUGAAAUAAAGAAUAUGGAAAAUAAAUAAAAUGGAGCAUUUAA